UAAUUACAAAUAAGCAUUGUGCACAACUGUGCACAACUAGAAAUCUAUAUUAUAUAAUAAAAAUAUGUGAAGUUGUUGUAUUUUGGAAGUAUAGAAAGUAGUAAUUAAAGUAAAUUAAAGUAGCAAUUCGCUUUCAGAAAUUUAUCAUGAAAAGCCUGUUGAUUUUUGUUCCUGACAAACUUUAUAAAGAAAAGCCUGGGUACAUGUUUGGCAAAGUGGUAUACGACGACAGCACAGGAGUUAAAAAAUUUUAUGUCAUUGGAAUAUGUAGAACAGAUAAUUUUGAGACAAUAAAACAUGGCACUAGUAUAAUUGGAUAUUAUUCGGCAGCAGAACAUAAACGUGGAUAUGUAGAUAAAAAAUAUGUAGACUGGAUUAAUAUAUAUUCCCAUCCUAACUUUUCUCUUCAUGAAAAUAAUUAUGAUUAUAGUAUAAAGAGCAUAAUUGUAAAUAAUAAAAAAAUGUCAACAUUACAUUGCCAUACAGUUAUUACAGUAUAUGAUCAAGUAGCCCUCAGAGAGACAGAAUUAUUUGGUCAAAGAGCAACGUCAGGAAAUCAUUUUUAUGAAUUAAUGAAAAUUCUGCAGAGCAAACAGGUUGAAGGAGAACUACAAAAGAAGGGAAAAGUUACUUAUAUAAAGGAAACUCUCUUAGUCUAUCAUAUGUUUUUGUAUUUUUAUCCAGUUCUCCUCCUUAGUAAAGUAACAAGCAAAUUAUUACCAAUUCUAAAAUAUUCUUUCCUUGGUUUACACGUUCAUGGAUGGUUGGAAAAUGUUAAAUGGAUGUUAAUUGCUAUAAUAAAGAACAAGAGAUUCACAUUAAAAACUGGCAAUUAUGUUUUUGCACUGAUAAUAGAUAUGUUAUUAGGAAUAUUUAUAUUGCAAUUACUGUUACAUUACUUCGAAUAUACAUCUCCAUCUCAAAUACUUUUGAGCAAUGCAGAGAAAGUUGUGACAUUUUUGAAAGAUUUAAUAAACUGGCUAAUGGGUGUACCAGCUGGCUUAAAAUUAAAUCAUGCCUUGAACAAUAUGCUUGGAAAAUUUUUUCUGUACCACAUACAUUUAUGGUGGAUAUUCUUGAUAACUAUAAAACCUGUAAUGGAUUUUGCUUUUGAAGUAUUAGUAUUAUUUGGAAGACUUGGUAUCACUUUUCAAAUAGCAAUAGCAGCUGAUCUUCUAGGUCUUGUCAGUUUUCAUGCAUACUGUAUUUACGUAUAUGCAGCAAGGCUCUUCAAUAUUCAAUUAAAGGGUAUCACUGCUUUAUUUCGACUCUUCUUGGGUAAGAAAAUGAAUCCACUUAGAGAAAGAGUUGAUUCUUGUCAAUAUCAACCAGAUCAAUUGUUUGUGGGGACCUUAUUAUUCACAAUUUUGUUAUUUCUUAUGCCAACAACAUGGGUGUACUAUGCUGUUUUUACAAUGCUUAGAUUAGCAUUGAUCGGGUUUGGAGGUUUCUUGAGUAGAAUGAAAUUUUAUCUUCAAGUUAUGCCAGUCUAUACACUGUUUAAGUGGUUGUUUCAAUCUCAUAACACACGCAGCAUUGUUAAUAUUAAAGUACAUUCACAUCGUGCAGAGGCACCAAUAGUAUUAAUAAUGACAUUGGUCGGAGCAUCAUGGUGUCAUACAUGGGACAGGUGUAUACCAGACACAAUUGGUCGACAUCCACCAAUCGAAUGGAAGAAGAUAAUAAGUAAUAUAAUAUGGGACUUGAAUAAUAAAAGGAAUUGCAAUACAGAUGCAUCACAAGAGAGUGUUGAUCAAAUGAAGGAAAUCAAUGAACAAAAUAUGAUAUGCAAAAAAAGGAAGCAAAGAAAACAAAAAUCAAGUAACAGCAAUUUAAAUGGUACGCAUAAAGAAACAAUGAAGGAUGAUGAACAAGAAAACAAUUUUGAUGAUAUACAAAAAGAUCAAGAUGAAAUUGAAUCAAGGGAUGAAUUAAUUUCUUCUAAAAAAUUCAGAAGAACAGAUGCUACUAACGCGGAUAAUAAUGUAGAAGAUACAGAAGAAGCUAGCAAAAGCGAGGCAAAGAAACCAAAACAGCCAUCUAAGCGCCAAUUGAAGAGGGAAAAGGCUGAGAAAAAAGAGACUGAAAAGCGGGAGGCUAGCAGACUGGAAGCAAUGAAAAAGGGUUUGAGCUAUGUUUCACAGUGGAAAUAUGCGCAAAGCGAAUGGAAAUUCGAGAAACUGAGACAAAUUUGGUUAAUAGAUAACUUACUAGACGAGACUUCCAUUCCAGAUGACAUUUUCCCUACUGUUUUGGAAUAUUUUGAAGGAUGUAAAGGAAUGGCAAGAGAACAACUUUUAAAAAAAGGUUUAGAUGUUAUAAAGAAGGUAGAAGAAAAUGAAGAAAUGAAAGACGAAAUAGAAUCUGUCGCUUAUCAAAGGGCAAGGAAACUUUUGCAAGCUUUACCUACCGAAACUUAAUUAGUUCAAAAUAUAUUGAAAAAGUGACAUCAUUUUGUUUCAGUACUGAAACUAUAAUGAUCAUUAGAUGUAUUAGCAUGUUAAACAUUAAAUAUUGAACUAAAUUUGAAAAUUUGAUACUUCAUUUGUAAAUUUCUAACUAAUUUUAUUUUAGCAUCAUGUUUAACUGUUAGGAGUUUAAUUGUGAAAAUAUAACCUAAAUUAUGGCAUAUAAUUAUGUGUUGUAUCAUUUGCAAAGCAUACAUCAAUAAAUAUAUAUGUAUGUAUCUGUAUUAAAUAUUUGUAAAUAAUUAAACAAUAAAAUUUAUCUGUUUAUUA